ACUCUCUUUGUUCACGAGUUACCAAAGAAGCCAAGAUGUUGGUCUUGCUGGCUGGUAUCUUUGUGGUCCACAUCGCCACCGUUAUCAUGCUAUUUGUUUCCACCAUUGCCAACGUCUGGCUGGUUUCAAGUAGCACAGAUAUGUCAGUAGGUCUUUGGAAAUUCUGCUCCUCGGGCAGCUGUAACGACUCCCUGCCAUAUGCCAAUGAAGAUGCCCUCAAGACAGUGCAGGCCUUCACGAUUCUGUCCAUCAUCUUCUCCGUCAUCUCCCUCGUGGUCUUCGUGUUCCAGCUCUUCACCAUGGAGAAGGGAAACCGGUUCCUCCUCUCGGGAGCCACCAUGCUGGUGUGCUGGCUAUGCAUUAUGAUCGGGGCGUCUGUCUACACUCACCAUUAUGCAAACAGCAAUACAGACUACUUCCUGGGGACGCAGAAUCACCACGGCUAUUGCUUCAUCCUGACCUGGAUCUGCUUCUGCUUCAGCUUUAUCAUCGGCAUUCUCUACCUGGUCCUGAGAAAGAAAUAGGGCUGAACAAGUUCACGGGGAUCUGGGGGGUGGGAGGAGGACCGUUGAACCUGGGAGGGAGGUGGAAGAUGCUGUAGGAAAAACCAAGACAGGGGAGGGGGUGGGAAGGGGGAGGAAGUGGGAAGAGGCCAAAACCCAAACCGUUACUGAGGAGAUUCUCCACUGCCAAGCCCCUGCCCUUGGGUGAAAGUUGGCUAGUACUUUGGUGCUCCCUUGUUGCCGGCCAGAGAGCCUCCCUCCAGCGCCAGAUUUGGCCUCCAGCUGUUCUCAGCAACUCUCACUGCCUGGGGCCCGUCAGCUGCCCCACCUUGGGCUCCACUUCUGAGGGUGAAUUCUGGGUCAUGCACUGAGGUCCACAUACCUACUGCACCAAGUUAAAAUAGCGGUACAAGUUUUGGCAAGAGCAGGUAUUGCCUUUGUGCUGAAUAUGCUAAGCCUGGAAGUCAUCCCGCUUCUGACCCAAAGCAAAACAUCACACAUCACAUUCGAGUCCGAAGUGCCUACCGGAGGGCUUUGGCUAGCCAGCCGAUGUCCCUUUCGAGAACAGAUACUUAGCUCUGUGGAAUUCAGUGACAGAAUGGGAGGAAGAGAGGUGGUUUAUAAGGCCAAGUUGGUGGGUUAGCUAAACCAAGAGAGAGAACUUUUCCCAGCGGAAGGCCUGGGGGCUGGUCAGAGCCCAGACCAGACUUCACAUGGCUGUCCUUCGUGGAUUCCUCUUGCCGUGGACUUUGCUAGGCCUCUCACUUAAAACCAAGGCAGCUCUUCUGGAGUUUCUCUGAAGCCACUAAUGAAAGCACCACACAGACUAGGGGAUCCAAGGGGCAAUCUUACAGCAGUACUAUAUCAGAGUUAUGUUUUUAGGAUUCCCCUCAAUGCAGUCAAUGUAUCUUUUAAGUAUGUAACAGGAGAGAGAUGGACACGGCUCCUUAUAACACAAUCCUACUAUUCUUCCUCUAAAUUAUAAACUUUUGAGUAAGUUGUGUCUGAUUAUCCAUGUUGGGGAACCGGGCUUCUAGGCUCAGUCGUAGCUCUAGCUUUGACACCUGGCUGAAGUGGUCACCUCUUAGAGGCCCCACCUGUCCCACUUCACAGGUGAGGCGUGGCCAUUUUGGAAGCUAAUUCAAACACGCACCAAAUGAAACCAAAAAACAGGCCCUUGGGUGAAAGGUGCUAUAUAAUUGUGAAAUAUUAAGCAUACUAUAUAUCUGUCAUGAUGAGAACAGAAUGCCUGUGCUCCCAGGAAAAUAAGAUAAUCCCAUGAGAUAAAUCAAAAUGUAGGUGAUGGGCAGAUCUUUUCUUUAGAAUAGAAAAAAAAAAAAAGGCAAAAACUCUUGUGGUACCUGGUCAGAUGGUAGUCGAGCUGUCUGCUGCCGCAGGAGAAUCUCUCUAUAGGACUUAGAGGUAGUAUGUUAUUCCUGGUUAAGCAGGCAUCGCUCUGCUCUAGAGCAGCUAUUUUAAGCCAUCUCAGAUUCUGCCUAAAGGGAUUUUUGGGGGGGAAGACAUUUCCUUUAUUACCCUGAGAAGAAGAUCUACCCCAGGGAGAAUCUGAGAUAUCUUGCCUACUUUUCUCCAUUAGUUUUCUCCUCAAUCCAUUUCUUUUAUACCUUUCCUAUUUAGGGAGUUGUUAGGCCAUGAUUGCUGGUAUUUAUGUAAAGGGACUAUUACUAAGUAUAUUUCUCUGUGUUUAUUCUGGUUAAGGAAAUGUUGAAGGCAGGUUCCCAAAUGACCUGGGCUGGGAUUAGAGAAAUUUGCCGGCAUAAACUGUGGGAUGAUGAACAUUUUAAUUAUGAUUGAAUUAUCACAUGAUUAUAGAAGGCUGUCUUAUGUGCAGAAGUAUACUUACAUAUCAGAUAUAUCCAAAAGAGAUACUCACAUUUUGUUAAGAAACUGAACCAUGACUGGAGUAAACCAUGUAUUCCCUUGUCUUUUACUUUUUUUCUGUGACAUUUAUGUCUCAUGUAAUUUGCAUUACGUUGGUGGGUUGUUCUAGUACUGUAUUUGGCUUCUUCAUUAAUAGAUUAUUUCAUAUACUAUAAUUGUAAAUAUUUUGAUACAAAUGUUUAUAACUCUAGGGAUAUAAAA